CGCAAAAGGUAACAAAUGACAACAACCUCAAAAAAGCUUCGAUUGGUUUUGUUUAUGAUGCGUCGCUCUGCAUCCAAGAAAACGGGUCAACCGAAUUCAACCAAUCCGAUUAAUUAUUCUCCCUCCGAUCUCUUUCGCACCGCUUCAAGUAAGGCAUCUUCAAAAGAGAUGGAAAGGAUUGACAACCUAUUUUAUUCUUAUGCCAAUAGGUCUUCUGGUAUGAUUGUCCCAGAAGGGAUUGAAACUCUAUGUUCCGAUAUGGAAGUCGAUCACACAGAUGUUAGGAUCUUGAUGCUUGCUUGGAAAAUGAAAGCUGAAAAACAAGGAUACUUUACCCUGGAGGAAUGGCGAAGAGGAUUAAAAGCACUAAGGGCUGACACUGUAAGUAAAUUAAGGAAGGCACUCCCAGAGCUAGAGAAAGAGGUCAGGAGACCAUCAAACUUCGUGGAUUUCUAUUCCUAUUCAUUCCGCUAUUGCCUGACAGAGGAGAAACAAAAGAGUAUAGAUAUAGAGAGCAUAUGUCAAUUGCUGGAUCUUGUUUUAGGGUCCCAAUUCCAUGCGCAGGUUGACUAUUUUGUUGAGUAUUUGAAGAUUCAGAGUGAUUAUAAGGUCAUAAACAUGGAUCAAUGGAUGGGCUUUUUCCGAUUCUGCAAUGAGAUAAGUUUCCCAGACCAUAGUAAUUAUAAUCCAGACCUCGCUUGGCCAUUGAUCCUGGACAACUUUGUAGAGUGGAUGCAGGCGAAGCAGAGCUAAAGUCUUAUUUGGUUUGUCAACUUGAUUCUCAGCUGUAAACUCCAUAUGUAUCAAAGCAGGUGCUUUUUAAAGUUUAACCCCUCCAUUUCUUUGUUCCCUUUUUCUAGAGCCUUAAGUGAUUUUAUUAUUACUUUUUUAAGGCAUCAGGAAGUCAAUUUGAAAGAUUGUCCCAGUGUGACAUUCUUUAAUCAAAAUUAUUGUGAAUAAUCUGUUGUCAGGAAUAUUCGAAUUGCGGUACCAUGCUUCUCCAGCUGCCUUUUAUAUCUUUUUUCUUCAAAAUAUAGAUGUCUUCUCCGAAGCUUACCUCCAAAAUUACUUCUUGUUACAAAUAUGCUGGAGAUGGUCUCAAUAUAUUGAAUUGUAUUUCUGUUGUAGCGCCCAUCAUUAAUCCUUCUAACUUUGCCCAACUGGAUUUCUUAUAGCAAUUUGUUUGGAUCUUCAAAGUAGUUGGAUUGGAAUGUUUUAUUAUGAACAAAACUGUUUAUCAGAUUACAGAGGUGUUAGGUUUGUCUGGGUUUUCUUCGGAUUUGUCUCAUUUAUAUAAAUUCAGCCAUGUUUUCGAA